GUCGAGCCCUGCGCAGAGAGGAGCGCCCUUCCUCGUCAAGAUGGAGGCUCCUUUGACUCUACUUAUGGUUGUAGCCGUUACGAUCCGUGCAGCUCUGUUCAGGUCCAGUUUGGUGGAUCUAGUUGCAGAGAGAGUGGAGGUGGUGUCUCCACUGACUGCCUGGAAAAGAGUGGUUGAAGGUUUGGCUCUGCUUGACUUGGGAGUGUCACCCUACUCUGGAGAUGUUUUCCAUGAGACUCCUCUCAUCAUUUACCUCUUUCACUUUUUGGUGGACUAUGCUGAGAUAACGUUUAUGUUGGCAGACGUGAUCACUGCUGUGGCUCUGUACAUGGCAGUGAAGGACUACAACAGACAAGUGUUCAGAAAGCAGAAAUUUGCCUUGGAGGCCGACCGCUAUCCCCCCGACUGUCUGGAGCUCAUCAGAAGCCCCAAAGAAAUGUACUACGUCCCUCUGAAAGUAGCCAUGUUUUACCUGUUGAACCCGUUCACCAUCCUCUCCUGUGUCGCCAAGUCAACCUGUGGUCUGAACAACGCCGUCAUCGCCCUCUUCAUCCUCUCCACGAUUAAGGGAAAUGUUUUGCUGAGUGCCAUAUUUCUGUCGCUGGCCACGUAUCAGUCCAUUUACCCUCUGACUCUGUGUGCUCCAGCACUGCUGUAUUUGAUGCAGCGACAGUACAUCCCGGUGAACUUUCGGCGAGUCAGUUUCUGGUGGUUCGUCGUGCAGUAUGCCUUCAUGUACCUGGGUAGCCUGUUUGUCAUCAUCUGUCUCUCCUUUUUCCUGCUCGGCUCCUGGGACUACCUGCCGUCUGUCUACGGCUUCAUCCUCUCCGUACCAGACCUGACCCCCAACAUCGGCCUCUUCUGGUAUUUCUUCGCCGAGAUGUUUGAACACUUUCGCCUCUUCUUCCUCUGCGUCUUCCAGAUCAAUGUUUUCUUCUACACCAUCCCUCUGUCCAUCAAGCUCAAGGACCACCCAGUGUUUCUGAUCUUCAUGCAAUUAGCUGUCAUUUCCAUCUUUAAGUCAUACCCCACUGUGGGAGACCUCGCUCUCUACCUGGCCUUCCUUCCUGUCUGGAGUCACCUGCACAGAUUCUUGAGGAAUAUCUUCCUGGUCUCCUGCGUCCUGCUGGCCUGUUCGGCUCUCUUCCCAGUCCUCUGGCACCUCUGGAUCUACGCCGGUAGCGCCAACUCCAACUUCUACUACGCCAUAACACUGCUGUUUAACGUGGCGCAGAUCCUGCUGGUGUCUGAUUAUUUCUACGCCUUCUUGAGGAGAGAACACCACCUCACCUAUGGACUGUAUCUGAAGAGAAAGGACGGCUCCGAGGCUACGCUAGUACUCAAAUAAAACUCGUACAGCCUCUACCAGAAGAGGAGAAACUGCUCGAGGUCUCAUGAAUCCUCAAAGUGAACAGACACAGACUGAGGAGGAUAAAGAUUUUUGACGCCACGCUGGUCGUCAGACAGAACAGCAGCGUACGUGCCGAUGGCGUGCACGGUAUAGCGCCAUAUGCAAACAACAGAACAGCAACAGACACAGAUACAGAAGCUGGGUAUAGAAAUCUGGCUCCUGCCAUCAUCUUCUCUUCUGGAGCACUCUUAUUUUGAAGCCUCCCUCCACUUUGAACCUACACCUGACAAUGGGACUUUUAUUUUGAAACCUUCCUCCUCACAGCUGCUGCAGAGGAAUUUUAUUUUGAUGCUCUGUUCACUGUUUUCAUGGAAAGCCUGAAGGUUUCCAUUUCUCAUCUCUGUCUUUCUCACCGCUCUCCCACUGUUUGCCUGUCACCCUAUUUUUGUUUUGUUAUUUUGCUCUUUAAUAUCCAAGAUAACCAGUGUUGCAUCACAAUGGAUGGUGAAAACCAGUCAAACCAAUUCUAACCUCAUUGUGGUACAUAAAACCUAACACUACAAGGGACUGUGACAACAAAGAGACAGAAUUUUUGUUUUGGACCACGUUAAACAUCGUCUAGCCUCAGUGCUGACCCGCCUUCUGUUUGAGCCUGGACUGUGUUUUCCUCUCUUCCUGCAUGUAUCAUCAGAGAUAGUUAACCAAGCUGUUAUUACAUUUAGAUUUAACUCUUAAAUGAAUUAUUCCCCAUAAAUGUGUUUCACUGGGCGGUGUCUGAGGUCACUGCACAAGGCUUUUUAAGUAAUGGACUGUUUUGACAUUUUGGGAAAUACACUCAUACUUUCUUGCCAAGUUAGAUCUUCAUAUUGAUACAGUACCACUGUCAAGUAUUUUCAGGUACAUAACCACUCAUACAACAGCAAUUAAAAUUUUGUAUGAGUAAAUAGAUAAAACUUUAAUUAGUGAUGUGUCAGGGUGCUGUUGUGUGGUUUUUGUUACCUUUGGACAGAGUCAGGCUGCUUGUUUCCAGUCUUUAUGCUAAGCUAAGCUAAGCUAACCAGCUGCUGCAGAGAUGACAGUGGUAUCGAUCCAAAGAUCUGCUGUAAGCAAAGCAAACAGUUGUUUAUCUUUCCCAAACUGUCAAAACUCCCCCUGAAGUGUUGGGAAAAGGUUUUAU